CGACGGUAGCCUUUAGUGUUAGCGUUUUCCGAAUUAAUUUACACCCAUUAAUGUUUUAUCCAAAAUGCUAACGCUAAUUGAAAACGCUCUUCCCAAACAAGGCCUUCAACUACCUUACGACGUUAGUUAGUUGUAGUCCAAGCAUCUGCAAAUCUCCAUCCAAAUAUAGUCCCACUUCUAAUUUACCCAGUUGUGUCUUCAUCCCCUACUUGCAGAUUUCCCGGCGACGCAUCAGCAACCCACCAUACUUCGAAGUAAGAAGCUGCGAAACAUGGAUUUCCCGCCGAAGCAGCAGCAACCCACCACACUCAAUCUUAAUAACAAGGAAAUUAUAUCAAAUGUGCAAAUUUCAUGAUGCAGGAUUCUUUAUCAAGGAAUUUCCAAAUCGGACACAUUUUUAGGUGUGGUUCAUGAUACAUCUUUGGUAUUUAAUUUCUUUCUUUUGUUUCACUUCUCAUGGUUCAAGCUAUUCCUCUAUUGCAUUAUUUUGCCAUUUUUUCAAUAUUGGAGAUGUGAUGAUGAAGAUAAGUCCUUUCAAAACUCAAAGUAGAGUUCUCUAAUGGCUAUAGGAUUAUGUCUUUUAAAUUUAUUUGGUUUCUCUUAUCUUGUGUAGGACAUAUUUCUUUUAGGUCUAAUGUCAUGCAGAAACCAUCAUCUCUAAUGUAUCUAAGAGAGAUGAAUUGGAAGAAAAUGAUUUUGAAUGGAUAGACCUCAGCUGGGUAGUGUUCGCUGUGAUUGAACAAUUGGUAAGGACUUUUAAUUUUUUGCUAUGGCUUUUGGAUUAUAAAUGGAGUAUGACGCUGAUGGGAAGAAAUAAAUGUUGCUGUUGUGUUUUCUUUUUAUACAGCUCCAUCAAAUUUUUGUGACUUUUGUAUCUUAGGUCAAAAUCCUAAUCUGUUUAGCGGAGGCAUUGAGUGUGGCAUCACCCUUUGGGUUUAUUGUCAUUUCUAGAUCAAACUAAUGGCAUUGGCAUUAAUAUGACCUUUAGAUAGCUAAGUAACAUGAUCUAUUUGAAUCAACUUCAGUUUAUUAACCAAGGUUCAUCAAAUAAUGUUAUUUCAUUGCCAGAGCUUCUACAUCUUGUUGAAAGUGUUGUCUGGCUUUUUAGUGCUUCAUUCACAAGUGAUGUGUCGUGGUCUCUCGCCUACUAUGGAAGUCCACCUCAUCUUCACGUCAAGGUUGCUUUUCACAGUUCAGAAAGGUGGAGUUCAAGCCCAGAUAAAAGGACAUCAGUCCCUUACCCAAAUUUUCCUAACUUAAUGGUUAUGUACCCUCAUUGUCUUGAGGUUAUAUCUUUUGGGAAAGGCCGCAAGAUAUUUGAUAUACGUUGCGAUCAUCCUAAUUUGUUUCUCAUGAAAAGAAAGAGAGGCCUUCGAGUUGUGAUCACUUCAGCAAAUUUGGUACUUGGGCGGGGUUGAUUAUGAGCUUCCAUUGUUCAUUAUAACUUUUGCAGACUCCAGGAUAUAUUUUAAUUGAAGCCACCAUUAAUUAUGAAUCUUAUCAUCCACCAAGUUCUAGAACAUGAAGAAAGGAUUUGACAAAAGCAUCUCAAGGCUCUGCCAUUGAAAGGCCAAGUUUUGCAUUAAUGACCAGAAUAAUGGAAAUUUUCCAUU